AGAAAAUGGUCAUUCAAUGAAGUUUGUUAAAAUACAAUUGAAUUAGUCAGUGAGGAGUGCACUAACUCAAAAGGAACCUCAAGGGAAGAAACACUCUGUAUUAGCUCCAGUCGGCGGGUUAUCCCUGGGCUCAAUAGCUUCUCCAGUGGCAGUGUUGUUUCUCCGCAGAUUGCAAUUUUGGGUAUCGUGCGGCUUCAGCGGUAGCGGGCAAAUCACUUUGCGUAUUAGCGAAAAUAUAAUCGGCAGAUGGGGACAAAGAUCCUCGCAGCAUAGCAAAGACAAGGAGGCAAUCUAACAAACAUGGUUGGAAAUGCAGGACUGGCAGAAAAGUUGAUCGGACAAUGCAAUGAUUUGGAGAUUGGGACUGAGGAUGAUGAACUGGUGCUCGAUGAGGAGGACGCUUGGACUGCAUGGAGCAGACGUUUUCAGGGGCUCGUCCCCCUCCUGAGCCGCCACCAUGGAGUGCAAGAGAGUCUAAGAUUUAGAAGAAAAUGAGUGAAUUCUGUUUUAAUUUCGUUUCAUUUUGUUUGUGUUUUUCUUUCGAACUACAUGUUGUUUUGGGUGUGCUCUUUUUUUCUAGCAGAAAGUUUUUUGCAUUUAAGUCAGGUGAUGAGAAAUCUGGUUUGCCUGUCAUAGGCUCAGUUAAACCCAUUACAGGAUCAACGAUUCUUAUUGCUUCUACGGAGGUGAUAGUUUCUAAGGAUGGUUCAAGGGUGGACGGCAGACAUAAGACUUUUUAUCAUUUUGUUUCCUAUUUUAUCUCUAAUUGUAUUGUCAGCCAUAAAAAUCUUCAUUGUAUUGUCAGCCAGCUGGCAAACAUUUUAUUGAUUUAAU